AUGAGCUUACUAGCGGUUAACACGGUCGACCGACUGGAUCGACCUAGCGCAUACUUCGGCGGCAAGGUGAGUUUCAUUGAUAGCGCUGCUGCUGCGCGGAACCCAGCUCGGAGACGCACCAGACUAAAGGAUCGUACACAGAACAAGCGCCGCAGAUAUAACGAAGAGGAGGAGCAGCAACAGGAGAAGCCCGAUGAUAAGUUGAAGAACGCAACUACCCUCUACGUGGGAAAUCUGUAUGCAGCCAUGUUCCAACUAGCAAGCCUUCACGUUCCUUUACUGACCAAGUUAAGCUCCUUCUAUACUACCGAGGAACAAAUCCAUGAACUUUUUGCCAAGUGCGGCGAGAUCAAGCGACUGGUCAUGGGCCUCGACCGAUUCAACAAGACGCCCUGCGGUUUCUGCUUCGUGGAAUAUUAUACUCACCAGGACGCGCUGGACUGCUUGAAAUAUGUCGGUGGAACAAAGCUGGAUGAGCGGAUUAUUCGAACAGAUCUUGACCCUGGAUUCGAAGAAGGUCGACAAUUCGGGCGUGGCAAGUCAGGUGGCCAAGUUCGUGACGAAUACCGUGAAGAAUACGAUCCUGGUCGGGGUGGAUAUGGCCGCGCCUACGACGAGCAGCGCCAGCGCGAGGAGGAUGAAUACGGUGCCGGAAGGUAG